AUGCCUGAAGACCUGAUCGUUGAGGUGUUCAAUGACAGCACCAGCGAGGCGCAGCUGGCGCCGCUGGCGCCGCUGGGCGCCGCUCUGCGGGAGCUGGGCCGCAGCCUGGCGCUGGCGCUGGCCCCGUGCUUCGGCCGCUUGGGGACGGCGCCCAGCGAGGAGGCGCGGCGGCAGCUGGCUGCCGCGCUCCUGGCAGGGAACCAGCGCCUGCUGCAGCAGGCGCGGGCGGAGGCUCCCCGCGUCGCGCCGGCUGCGGCGCGGAAGCUCGCGGCCUCGGUGGCCUCGCGCACGGAGAUGGAGGGCAGCAUGGCGCCGGACUGCCGAAUGCUCCACGCCUCGGUGCCUCAAGGAGCAUGCCACCAGAUCGCCAAUGUGGGUCUGAUGUGCUUGUGGAGCUUGCUGCUGGCCUCAAAUCGCUGCUACUCGCUUACCUGGGCUUUGGAGGGGCUUUCGCAACAGACCUUACUGCGGUGGCAGUUUCGGUCAGACCUUGGAACCACCACAGCUGAGACCUUGGCAAGGCUACUUGCAACAUUACAAGGCCCGAGCUCGGCUUUGCGCAUGGCGGAGAUCGGGGUCUUUACCGCUGAGCUCUCCUCCCAGUUGCUUGAGGACUUCCCAAGCCUGCACAUGCUACUGGUGGAUCCCUACCACUUGCGGGUGGAAGGCGUGAGCGCGGAGCAGCAGCAGGGCCUGGCGCAGUCCACGCUAGACGUGGCCUUCUCGCGCACUCAGAAGGCGCGGCGCCGGGCCACCCACGUGGUGCAGCACUCGGAGGAGGCGGCCCAGUGGGUGGCCAGGAGCUCAUUGGACCUGGUGUACGUGGAUGGGGAUCACAGCUACCAAGGAGCAGCUUCUGACAUCGCUGCCUGGUGGCCGAACAUCCGCCCAGGCGGCGUCAUGGCCGGGCAUGACUACACGUUGAUUUGGCCAGGAGUGGUCAAAGCAGUGAACGAGUUUGCCAACUCCGAGGGGCUGGACGUGUCAUUCACUGCCGAGCUUUGGAGUUGCCUCGCAGACGGUGCCGAGCUCCUCAGCGAGCCAGUGCCAACGCCCGCCGCACAUCUCGGCUCGGCCGACCUGCAGAAGGCCAAAGCGCGGCGUGCCCGCGCGGUCAUGUGCGCUUGCCGGCGCGCCCGGGCCCGGCAUCCUGACCAAAAAAUUGGCGGUGCGGCCGCGGAUUCUGCGGAUUCUUAUGUCCAGAGCGACAGCACGGCGCGUGUGGCUCAGGCCGCCGCUGAGCCAGGCUCAAAGGCCUUCGCUGGGGCGGAGGAGCUCAGCUUUCGGCAGGAAGUGAUGCUCGAGGGACCUCUUGGCACAGUGCUCUUGAAGCCCAGCUGCGCAGGCCUGGCGCUGGGGGACUGCCUCUGGACGCUGGGCGCCUUCGGCGUGCGCCUGGUGCUGGGCUGCUGCUCGCUGCGCGCUGCGCCGGGCGCCCAAGCCCUGGACCUCGAGGCGCUGACCUCUGCGGACGCGGUGUUGGCAUUAGGCAUCGAAGCCGGAGAAGCAAACGGGCCGGGGAUGGAGAGUCAACUGCAGCGAGUUGUGACGGAGGCGACGGCAGUGCUGAAAGCUGGGGGCAACCUUUUGGCGCCCAUCCGCGCGGAGCAGGCGUUCACCGAGGACCUCGUGGAGUUUUUGGCCCGUGGGAUCUCGGAGCUGCCCGAGGAGUGUCAAGCCCCCAUCUUCGCCAUCGGCGCGCCUGCACAGCGCCUCAGGCGCUGCCGAGGCUUUUCAGAGUGGGCCUCCAAAAAGUGCCAGGAGCGUGCCCACGCUGGGGAGCACCCUUUCCUCAUCGACCCUCUGGUCGAGAGCGGCCGGGUGGUUCUGGGCGACACGGUGGGCGACCUGGCCGACACGUACCAAGAGCCAUGUGUGGUGUUAGUGCCAGCGCAAAGCCCGCUGGCGGCACACUUCGAGAAGCUUUGGGCCAAGCAGGCAGCUUCCAAACAGCUCCUGGCCAAGUCUGACACGCUACCAGGAGUCGGGUGCAUCUCACAGCGGAUGGUUCUAUCAGAGCUGGUGAACAUCCUGUCCUCCGCCUCGCGGCCACCCAAGCUGCUGCUGCCGAAAGGCGUCGCCACGCCGGGCAACUGCAAGGCGCAGCUGCUGCCAUAUCUGCAGCUGACAGAUGUAGUGCUGGAUUUGAGCCUGCCGCGGGUGGAGUGCUGGCUGCCUCGCAGCCUGGCGGGAAAGCGCCCGGCGGACGUGCUGCCGCUUCAUGGCACACUUCUGGGGCAAAGCAGGCCACGUGUCGCCCACAGACGCGCAGACGUCGCGCCUUUGUUUGCUGGCGAAGUGGACUUGGAGGCCUUCCAGGCCGCCAUGCGGCACGCGGGCUGCCCCGUGGAAGGAGGGCCCGGCGAGUGGCGGGCGCCCGCGCUGAGUGCCAGGAUCCUCUUCAGCCCCGGCGAGACACUGGUGGAGUGCCCUUCCGGCGAAGGCCGCAGGCGGAGAUCAUGA